GAAUAUCAGGGAAGACAACUGAUAGACCUCACAAUUUGCGUUUGCUUUUUUCAUCCUCAGCUCAUUCAAAACCCCCCAGUACUCAUUCACUUCAGCUUCACUUGCUUUAAUAAUUGCAUAAUUUGUACAUCCACGCAUACCUCCCUCUCUGUAAUAUAAUAUAAAGAAAACACAAAUGCCUUCAUCAAUGCAACGUACUGGUCACGAAUUUUACCGAAAGACUCGUAACAAUUCCAUCGUGAAGCUCGUUCGAGAGCGUUAUAUUAGAGACGAUAUCCCUUGUCAAUCGGAGGCUUGCAAAAGUGCGCCGAGCUGCCAGGAGGCGACCCCAACCAGUUCUGCGUUGUUGACUGGAGCCGCAACACACUACGUUGUUCCUGAUAUAUCUGUGGCGAUUCGGUACCUUGAGAUCCUGGAACAGGAAGAACUUAGAAAUAUCAUUGUUCCGCAGACCGUGAUGUUGUCAUUACAGCAGCACGACAAAACUCGUACGUACAAAAGGCUACGUCAGGUUGUUGGUGAUCCAAGAAGGAACAGCAUUGUGUUCUACAAUGAGAUAUGCUCUGAUACCCACGUCUCACGUUUGCCGGGAGAAUCGUCAUUACACCGCGAAGAACGUGCGUUGCGAAAACUUGCAGAGUGGUAUCACCACCAUACCGGAAAGCGUAUCAUUAUUCUGUCAGAGCUAUUUACAAGUAGCUCAUCACGAGGCGUAGAUGUAUAUUCUGUCGAGCAAUAUUUGAAAGAGAUGUGGCCGGAACAUACUACUUUACAAAACCUUAGAGAAGUACUUAAAGAGGCAGAAAUUGAAGAGGAUCUAGACACCAUACGACUCUUCAGCAGCACCGACAGUAAGAAAGGACGACCAGUGGCUGGAUAUACAGAGUACAGGUCUUCAGCUGAUUUAGAAGCUGGUAUAAAAUCCAACCGCUAUAUAUCUGGAAUCAUAAGAAUCAAUGCGAGCAACAGGGAUCAAGCGUUCGUCACCAAUAACAAUAGCCCAUUAGGCGACGUUAUGAUCGUAGGGAACGAAGACAGGAAUAGAGCUGUUCAAGGUGACACUGUUGUGGUCGAACUAUUGUCUGAAGUCAACCAAGCGACUCCCUCCUUUGGCAUUUCAUAUGAUGGAAAUGAUGACGAAGAACUUGGGUACCAAGCUUCUGUAGAGCCGAAUUCCACUAAAAGACGACCGAUGGGUCGGGUAGUAGGCAUCAUGCAAAGAAAUUGGAGAUCAUAUGUGGCUACUAUCCAGGAAGAUGGCAUAGAACAAGGAGGCUCUAUGCAUUUGGCGAUCCCUCUCCAUCCAGUCAUCCCAAAAAUACGUAUACGGCAUCAGGAUGUGAAAUCCAUAGGCAAUCAACGUAUUGUCGUACGAAUUGACAGCUGGCCUGUCUCAUCUCAGUACCCAAAUGGUCAUUUUGUUCGGUCCUUAGGACCAAUACAUCAGCUGGACACUGAAAUAUCCGCCAUAUUGGUUGAGCAUGGAAUUCCAGAAUCUCAAGCAUCAAGAGGGUUCGGUGAAGCAUGUAUGAGGGAAAUGCCAAUUGAUACACCAGAAACUCCUUGGCGACCGACGGAUGAGGAACUCUCCACUCGUAGAGAUCUUCGAAACAUAGAUAUUUUCAGCAUCGAUCCCCCUAAUUGCCAAGAUAUUGAUGAUGCAUUAUCUGUAAACGAACUCGGUGAUGGCCGCAUAGAACUUGGUGUGCACAUUGCUGAUGUGUCGUACUUUGUAAAGGAGAAUUGCCAUACUGAUUUGGAAGCCAGGGCAAGAGGAACCACUGUAUACCUAGCUGAUAGACGCUUCGACAUGUUGCCCAGCGUACUUAGUGAAAGGGUGUGCUCUUUGCGUCAUAGGGUAGAUCGGUUUGCAGUUUCUGUGAUCUGGACGUUAGAUAAGAAUUACAAAGUGGUAGAUACCUGGUUUGGACGAUCUGUUAUCAGAUCAGCCUGUGAGAUGGAGUAUGAGCAGGCGCAAGAAUUAUUUAAUGGAGCCGAUACAGUUAAAGGUUUGGAUAAGAAAACUGCUCAAAAACUCAAGAAGUCCGUGGUCAAAUUAGUAGAUAUCUUGCGAGUCGUUCGGGAACGACGGUUGGGAAAAGGUGCCUUGGAGUUGGAAAGUUCAGAAGUCAAAUUUCAAAUUGCUAGCGAGCACAACAUCACGGACAUCAUCCCAAAGAAGGAGCUGGAAGUUCAUGAGAUAGUGGCAGAGGCUAUGAUUAUGGCCAAUGCGUCCGUAGCGGAAAGGAUCCAUCAGCGUUUCAAGGAUUCAGCUUUGCUUCGUCACCAUCCACCUCCCACCAAGGAACGAUUCAAGUUACUUGAGCAAGCUGCUGCAACAAGAGGAUACCAAAUCGACUACACAUCUAACAAAACUUUGGCGCACUCAUUGGAACGCAUCGCUGAUCAAAGCUCUGAUGAUCCUGCCUUAGUUAGCCUAUUGAAGACCAUGGCAACAAUGGCAAUGAACGAAGCUGGAUAUAUUUCUUCAGGAAACACAUCUGUGGACCACUAUUAUCACUAUGGAUUGGCCCUUCCCUACUAUACCCAUUUCACGUCCCCAAUUCGUCGUUACGCUGAUGUUAUUGUGCACCGGCAAUUGAUGGAAUGUGUUUCGGAAACGUCAGUCAGCCCAUCGCCUGCGACACCAAGUUUGCUACAUAGCAAUUCCAAGCUGGUUAAUCUUUGCUUAAAUCUCAACUUGAAGACGCGUGAGUCAAAACUAGCUCAAAGGGAUUCAGCCGAGCUGUUCCAGAGUCUUUAUGUGCUUCAGCAGCUUAAAAAUGGACCUAUCAUAAUGAGCGGUAUCAUUUCGGAAAUUCGAUCAAACGGCUUCUUUGUUUAUGUUCCAAGACUGGUGUUGAAAGGCCCCGUCUAUUUGAAAGAGAAAUCUGGUGAAUUGAUGGUACCUUUAUCCAUAGUCUCUGGUAACUCAAGUGAUGAUAACGCCUAUAUGACGAAUUGUUCAUACGAUAGUGACAACCAGACGUAUGUCGCGAUCAAUACUGCCGAUCUUCCGAGACCAAUCAAAUUUCAACUGUUCGACCACGUUCAAGUAUCUCUUAAAUUGCACAUGUCUCACGCCCAUCGACACCAAGUGUACAUGACGCUAGUAGGAUUUGAACAACGUCAAGCUGCUAAUGUGAAGCUCAGUACGAAGACAUUGACAGAGGAAAUCAUCAGUGGUGAGAUCCAGGACAAGGAAGUGCAAGCGACCAAGGAGAAAUCCAAGUCGGCUAAAGCAAGCAAAGCGUUCAGACAGACAGCGCAAAAUGACAGUGUUUACGACAUCUUGGAAAAUUUCCGUCAGAUGAAUUUGAUAGAGGAUAGCGAAGAAAGCCAAUGAUAUAGUUGGAAAGGAUUGUCAUAAUGUGUACCAAACAUGUAAUAUUUUUAAAUUCGCAAAUAUUAUUUACGUCCUUUCGACGUCUGCCAAAUGCGGCUCAAUACUCGGUUGUCUUUGAUCGUCGAAGGCCACCCGUUUAGACAUCCGUCUUAAGUUUUGUCAGUAAUAAAUCUACAGUUCGAACCCA